AUGUACCAGUAGCCCACCACCUGUCUCUUUCUCCACAGAUUUUGCCUUCCCUUCGUGCUGGCUUCCCUCCCUACGAUGGCUACAGGUGAAGAGAUAGCCCCUGCCCUGCAGGACUCAUGGGGGGACUUCUGGCUCUUCCGUUUCUUUGUUAAUGCUGCUGGCUACGCGAGUAUUGUGGUACCGGGCUUCCUCCUCAUCCAGUACUUCAAGAGAAGGAACUACUUGGAGACAGGCCGAGGCAUAUGCUUCCCUGUCAUCAAAUCAUGUGUGUUUGGCUCUGAGGUGAAGUCUGUACAUCAGGACGAUGGCUCCCUGCCACCCCGAGCAGAGCCCACAGAAUCCUCCACAGCCCGACAGGUCUUCAAGCUGUUCUGCUGUGCUGCUGGUCUACAGGCUUCCUACCUCACAUGGGGUGUCCUCCAAGAGCGUGUAAUGACGAGAACGUAUGGUGCCACUGAAACAGACCCUGGUGAGAAGUUCAAGGACUCCCAGUUCCUCGUAUUCAUGAACCGCAUCCUGGCCUUCACAGUGGCUGGUCUGUACUGUGCCCUGACCAAGCAGCCACGCCAUGGGGCUCCUAUGUACAAAUACUCCUUUGCCUCCCUCUCCAACAUCCUCAGCAGCUGGUGUCAGUAUGAGGCACUCAAAUACAUCAGCUUCCCCACCCAAGUGCUGGCCAAGGCCUCCAAAGUGAUCCCAGUGAUGAUGAUGGGCAAGUUGGUGUCACGCAAGAGUUAUGAGUACUGGGAGUACCUGACUGCUGCCCUUAUCUCCGUGGGGGUCAGCAUGUUCCUGCUCUCCAGUGCUCCUAACAGGACGGUGUCCACUGUCACCACUUUCUCUGGCAUAGUGCUCCUAGCUGGCUACAUAAUCUUCGACAGCUUCACCUCCAACUGGCAGGAUGCUCUCUUCACCUACAAGAUGUCUCCCGUGCAGAUGAUGUUUGGCGUUAAUGUCUUCUCCUGCCUUUUCACUGUGGGCUCACUCUUGGAGCAGGGUGCCUUGCUGGAGUCAAUGCGCUUCAUGGCCCGCCACUCGGAAUUCACUGCCCAUGCUGUGCUGCUCUCUGUGUGCUCUGCCUGCGGCCAGCUCUUCAUUUUUUACACCAUCAACCAGUUUGGGGCAGCUGUCUUCACCAUCAUCAUGACACUCCGACAGGCCUUUGCCAUCCUCCUCUCCUGCCUCAUCUAUGGGCACACUGUCACUGUUGUGGGUGGGCUGGGCAUAGCUGUUGUCUUCAUGGCCCUCUUUCUCCGUGUCUAUGCCCGCAGCCGCAUGAAGAAGCGCAGUAAGAAGCUCCCGCUGGGUGAGACCCCUGUACAAAAGGUCUAAGGAAGCUGAGGCCAUGGCAUUUAAGCCAUGCCCACUGUCCUGCCACAACUUGAGGGUAUUUGCUUGAUUUCUCAGAACUCACUGAGAAGAGUGGGGUAUGGAUCGGCAGGACCAGUGACUCAGUUUUCCUGGGAAAGGGGCUGGAACAAGCCCAGGAAAUGCUCUGGGCUGACACAGCUCCAAACCUUUCCAUUUGCCUUAAUAGGUCAAAGACUUAGAGCCAAGGCACAGGCCUGGGGGCACACCAGCAUGGGGCUGCUGGUAUUCCUGCCCCACCUCUGUCCUGUGGCUUCUCCCCCAAAGUCACUGAUGAACAAGGGAAUUCUUCCCUGUCACUGUAUUGCCUCUGGCUAAUGCUCCUCCAUUUCUGUUAGUACUACAGAGCUUGGCAGGAGGAAAGGGCAAGCAAAACACUAGGUUUCUUUCUGAAACACCCCUGAGUGAGGCAUCCCAAGCUGGGCCCAUCAAAGGGUGGAGAAUGCUCUUCCUGCAUUCCAGGAGAGGCUCUGAGUGGUACAGGUAUAGCCAAGGGAAGGACUCCCAGCCUGUCUUAUCCCAGGCCUGGGAUCUGCUCUGGGAGAACACUGCAAUGAAAGCCAGUGUCUCCCAGUUUGGUUUUAUCAAUUCUUUGCCCCUGCUCCAAGACACUUUUCUUUGCUCCCCUCAGCCCAGACUGAUUUCUAUGCAGCACCUGAGCUGGACAGUUCCAAGGCUUGCCAAGUCCUUUGAGGUUGCUUUAUGGCUACAUCUGCUGCUGUUACAGGCCAAAAGCUGCACUGCCCAGAAGCCCCAGCACCACCUUGGGGUCUCUCAGUGCCAUGGUUUCUGGGCUUUGUAGUUGUGAUUCAGACAAGCACAAAGAACCCCUUAUUUUUCCUGUCACCUGGAGACACCGGCCCUCGUUUUCCCAGGGGCUGGCCAGAGUCUGUGCCUGGAGGGUUGGGACAUGGGGCAGAGCCUGCUUGCAGUGCCUUGUUCCUGCUCCACAGACAGCAGGGGAUGGAGCAGUGAAAGCUGUUCUUCCCCAGAAGCCUGGGUUUUAUUGGUCAAUCCUUUUCUCAUCAACACAACCUGACUGACAAAGCCCAGCAAGUUUUGGUACUUUCGCAAGGCAACUUUUUUCUCUUUUUAUUUUAUUAAAUUAAAAAUAUGCUGCAUAUAGUGCCAUGGGCAUAAAUGUGGGUUUUUUUCAGUUGGUUGGGGAUUUUUUUUCACGUACCUGGAAGGAGGGAAGAGAUUUCCAACUCCUCCUGUGUCUCUAGUCUCUCUGGGACAGCAACGUUAUCUUUCCAAAUACAGGUGCCUCUUUCUGUCUUUGCCAAGGCUGGUAUCAACCAGGCUUGCACUCAAAGCUGCAAGGGCUGAUAGGAGAUCCUUGCGGAAACAACUGGGGAAGCACAGCCAGGUUUGGAAGACUGCUUAUGCUGGUGGGCAGGUGAAGAAACCAUUAGCCUGAGCCUAGUUUGGCUCCUAGGUUCCCUGUAUGGUGCAACUUAAGGAAUUCCCAGUGGGUGUAGCUACCAAGAGGUGAUACAGAAGCCUACUGUGCACCUGCCAGCUAGGGCCUCUGGUGCUGUAGCACUUUGUAGGAUGUACUGCAGCAGCUAGAGCCAGGAAAGGCUUGAGGUGUGCAUGGUCUGUCCUCCUGGUACAUGUGGGAAGCCUGGUGAAAAGCCCUGUAGGCAAGGGUGGGUCUGGCAUCAGAGACAGGACUGGGGCAUAACACAGCUAGGGAAAGAAAGGGGAUACUUGGGUGAGGGUUACAAGAGAAACAGAGGAGAAGAGGGACAGUGGAUAUCUGGAGGGGAUACCAGAGCUGGUGCUGAGCACAUCCCAGCCUUCAGAGCACUUUGCACUCCAGCAGUUUUAUCUGUGCUCCUUUUCUAGCUCUGAGCUUUUGGAGGUGCCUGUGCAACCUCACAGCUUUUCAUCCUGCCCUACAAAUUCGCCCAAAUGUCUGCACCCACCAUCUGCUGACAAACUGAAAAUAGAAUCCUUUGAUUAAAAACAAACCACAAAAACCCACAUUGCCAGGUUAGGAAUAGGAUACAGUAGGAUAACCUAAUUUAAAUGAAGAUUUAAGCAAAACAUUAGUGGAAAAAAAACCCCCAAGACAUUAACUUGAAAAGUUAAUUUUUAUUAAUUCCAUAUUUGGCAACACCUUCCUAUCCAGAGAGAAAUCCUAGUUAUUAACUAAUUGCUAGCUUAGCUCCACCACUGCCCUAGCUGCACCCACAUAGCUGCCAUAGUGGCAGCACAGUCAGUGUCAGUUGGAGAUGGAUACUGGCUAAAGCCCAUUCGAUUUUGCGCCUGUGACAGCUGGCAUGUGGGCAGCAAGAGAAUGUAAUGCUGGUUUCACUUUUCUCUGACAAACCCCAAGGGCCAUUGUGGCCAGGGGUGACAAACCUCACAGAGUGUGAGCUCAGUGCAAGGGGCAGCUCAGUGAGAAGUGAUGGCCCAGGCUUGUCAUCUAGGACACAGAUGGAAAAAAGCCAGAUACUGCCCAACACCCAAUGGCUGCAGAAGAAAAGGCAGAUUGGAGGUGGGAGGAAAGGAGUUGAGUCUUUGGCCCAACAGCUGAAGAGAGUUAGCUUGACUACAGUCCUGAGCUGUCACUCCACACCCUGCUCCACACUGCAGUGGAACAGGCAGAUGGCUCCUGCCACUGUCCUGCUCCAGAGGUGCUCAAAUCAAACCAGCCAGCAGCAGCCCAGGCUCAGACCCUGGCACAGCUCACCCAGCUGACCCACACAGAUUGGAAGUUAGCUCCCAGGCUGGGGGGCAUGCAGUGCUCCAGGUGGAGAACUACUGCUCCAUUGGAGAUGAUCCCACCUGUACAGCAGGUCAUGUGUUCCUUCCACCCACUUCAUCUUGCCAGGGCAUGGAAGAGAUAAAGAUCACCUAAACCAGGGCUCAGAAAAGCAGUCAGGGCACAGGGGAGAGCAACACAGGAGAGUCCAAUACCCUCAAGGCACAGGCUGAGACAUUUUCCUCAGCAGAGCAGGCAUGAAACACAAGGGACCCUGCCAUGUAAAUCAUCAGUUCUUUAAUUCCAGUAGAACAAAAAAAAAAAA